ACAUUGAAAAGCAAAUGGAUUGGUGCAUGGAUUAUUUGGAUUAUGUGCAAAUGUUUGAUCAUGAAGCAGAUUUAUUACAACGAAUGACACAUGAUAUCGCUGAUUAUUUCUUUGAACGAGGUAGACGAAUUCUUAAAGACAAUGAACCACAAGAAGCUCUUAAACAUUUGCACUGGGCAAAACGACUCUAUUACCAAUAUGAGAAACUAGAAAUGAAAAAAGGUACAGAUGAUCACAUACAAACGAAAGAAAGCAAAGAAUCACGGGAUAUUAAUGCAUUUAUUGAAUCAAUUGAAUCUAAAUUACUCAAAGACUCUUCCGAUGAACGUGGUAAAGACAGUGACAAUGAUGAACCAUGUGGUGAAGCAUGUAGCUAA